CUCGUCAGGAGUAUGUUGACGCCUUGUAGUAUUUGCCAGUUGUUCGCUUCAAAUGUAUCUGUGAAUGUGUGGCCAAUUUUUUUUUUCUAAAAUGACCACUGUUAGACCUUUCAGAUGCGAGGAUAUGUUUCAUUUCAGCAAUGUGAACUUAGAUCCCUUGACUGAAACUUAUGGACUAGCAUUCUAUCUUCAAUAUCUGGCACACUGGCCAGAGUAUUUUCAAGUAACAGAAUCACCUACAGGACAAAUUAUGGGUUACAUUAUGGGAAAAGCUGAAGGAAGUGUGCAACAAGAAGAAUGGCAUGGUCAUGUGACAGCAGUAACCGUAGCCCCUGAGUAUCGACGACUUGGACUAGCAGCAAAGCUGAUUUCCAACUUGGAAGAGAUCUCAGAAAAGAAAGAUGCUUUUUUUGUGGACUUAUUUGUGCGCAUGAGUAACAAUGUUGCUGUAGACAUGUACAAGCAGCUAGGUUAUGUGAUUUAUAGACGAGUCCUUGAGUACUAUUCAGGAGAUCCAGAUGAAGAUGCCUUUGACAUGCGUAAAGCACUGUCACGUGACAAAGACCAGAAGUCCAUUGUCCCACUAAAGGACCCUGUUAGACCUGAAGAUAUUGAAUAAAACAAGGGACCAACUGCCAGCAGAUAGGACUUAAGGUUUUGUAGAGGAAUUGCUUGAACUCUUUCUCACACACCUUAGGGUUAGGGUUAGGGUUA